AUGGCGAACGACGACCGAUUCACUCGAAACGAAUUCAAUCUCGACUCCAAGUCGACUAUCGGUGUCGAGUUUGCCACUAGAUCGAUUCAGGUUGACUCCAAAACCAUCAAGGCGCAGAUUUGGGAUACAGCCGGUCAGGAGCGUUACCGUGCCAUCACUUCCGCAUACUACCGAGGUGCGGUCGGCGCCCUUCUUGUUUACGACAUCAGCAAGCACCAGACAUACGAGAACGUUACGAGAUGGCUAAAGGAGCUGCGAGAUCACGCCGAUGCAAACAUUGUCAUCAUGCUGGUCGGAAACAAGAGCGAUUUGAGACACCUGAGAGCUGUUCCUACAGAUGAGGCCAAGGCCUUUGCUAGCGAGAACCACUUGUCUUUCAUCGAGACAUCCGCUCUCGAUGCCAGCAACGUUGAGCUUGCUUUCCAGAACAUUCUUACGGAAAUCUACCGGAUCGUAUCUAGCAAGGCGCUCGACAGCGGCGACGGUGCCCAAGCCACCAUCGGCGCUGGCACUAACAUCUCACUCAGCAAGGCUGCCGACGACGAGGCUGCCAAGAGUGGCAAGUGCUGCUAA